AUGCAAUAAUAACAAGACAUUGAGCUUAAAUAUUAGGCACCUGAAGAAAUAUUUUAAGAAAUUUUUAAGGGUUACUAAAAUCAAUAUAAAAAGAAUAUGAUAUUUGAUUCAGAUGAACUAACAAUUAUUUACAAUGAACUUCAAAAGAAGAAGAUAUACUUAACAUCCUACAUUUCGGAAGGUGGUUUUGGAUGUGUUUUUGAGGCUAAGUACAAUAAAGAAAUAGUAGCUGUCAAAUGUAGCAAAGCUGAUUUUGAAAAAAUCAAAGAAGAAGAAAAAAUACUGAAAUUGUUAAAGAAUACUCCUUACGUCUUUAAAACUAUCGAAGGGUUUUUCAAUGAAAAAAAAUCAAGAUACUAUUAGAUUUCUAAAAGAUAUUCAUGUACUCUUUAAAACAUAAUGUUUAGGUACUUUUAUGAAAGAAAAACACUACCACUCAACUAAAUAGUUGGUUUUGCUAUUCAGAUGUCAACAGUCUUUGAAGCAAUUUAAUAAAAUAAUUUGAUUCACUCUGAUAUUAAACCAGACAAUAUCCUUUACGAUAGCUAAGAAAAAUGUUUUAAUCUAUGUGAUUUCGGAGAGUCUAAAUCAUUUAAAGAUGGAUCAAAAACUUAUGAUCUCAAAGGAUUUACAAGAAAGUAUGCAGCUCCUGAAUCAAUUGAUCCAAACGGUUUAUUCAAUAUCAAAUUUGAUAUUUAUGGCUUAGGAAUUAUUCUUCUUGAAUUAACCCUUGGAAAGUUUCUUGAAGAUGAAGAUUGUACUUUUAUCAGAAGUGGAAAACUACUUAACUAUUCAAGCAAAGACCCUUUAUAUUUAGAUAUUAACUAAAUUAUAACUAAAAUGCUUGAAAAAAUGCCCUAGAAUAGAAUCGAUUCUUUUGAACUAACUAAACAAUUAAAUAACUUAAGACUAAAACUAGAAAGUUAGUUCACUGGGUCUAAUUUGAUGAUUUCAAAAUUCAAACAAUCAUCUCUUUAGAUUAACUACACAUGGGAAUACAAUUUAGUCAGAUUUGAUGUGUACAUAUUUCAUGGCUACCAUAAACUCUCUGAAAUCUAGGAGUGUAUAGCAAAAAGAUUAGUUCAUAUGUUACGUCUUACUUUCAGUUAAAAUCACCUUGGUGCAGAUGAAGCUAAGAACAUUGGAAUGAGCUUGGAGAAGUGCCAAAAUAUGACAUCUUUGUAUCUCAAUCUAUAUGUUAGUGGCGUUGGUGCAGAUGGAGCUAAGAACAUUGGAAUGAGCUUAGAGAAGUGCCAAAAUAUAACAUCUUUGGAUCUCAAUCUAGGUGGUAAUCAACUUGGUGCAGAUGGAGCUAAGAACAUUGGAAUGAGCUUGGUGAAGUGCCAAAAUAUAACAUCUUUGAAUCUCGAUCUAAAUUGGAAUAAUCUUGGUGCAGAUGAAGCUAAGAACAUUGGAAUGAGCUUGGAGAAGUGCCAAAAUAUAACAUCUUUGAAUCUCAAUCUAGCAUAUAACUAUAAUAAAUUUGGUGCAAAUGGAGCUAAGAACAUUGGAAUGAGCUUGGAGAAGUGCCAAAAUAUAACAUAUUUGGAUCUCAAUCUAAGGGAUAAUAACCUUGGUGCAGAUGGAGCUAAGAACAUUGGAAUGAGCUUGGUGAAGUGCCAAAAUAUAACAUCUUUGAAUCUCAAUUUAGGGAAAAAUGAGCUUGAUGCAUAUGGAGCUAAGAACAUUGGAAUGAGCUUGGUGAAGUGCAAAAAUAUAACAUCUUUGACACUCAGAAUAAUAAAUAAUGACUUUGGUGUAGAUGUAGCUAAGAAUAUAAAAAUGAGCUUGGAGAAGUGCCAUAAUAUAACAUCUUUGAAUCUGUUUAUUUAUAUAUUUUAUAGAUUUGAAGAUUAUUUCGAAAACAAAUUCAAAAUUAAAAUGGACAAUUGA